CACCAUGCCCAUCGGCAUCCAGCGUCUCAACGCGAAAACAUCUCAGCCAAAUCCUCACAUCGUCUUCAUCAAACCACUCAAGGGGCGAGAUGAGAAAAUUGCUCAGGAUUUCCUGGAGAGGAUCGCAGCGCAAUGCCUUCCCGUGAUGCGCAAGCACCAUAUCCACGUCAUGUCGCUAGAGGAGUUCCCCCCUAACAGAGAGUUUGUGGGCCGCAACUUCAAUGCUGGGGAGGUGAUCCAGCUGGUCCUCAAGGCGCCCGGCAGCGGACGGUGGCUUCCGUUCAACUACGUCCAGAUGGUCAUGAUGCAUGAGCUGGCUCACUGCGCGCAGAUGAAUCAUUCGAGGGCCUUUUGGGCGGUGCGAAACCAGUAUGCUGAGCAGAUGCAAGCCUUGUGGGCAGAAGGCUACAAAGGCGAUGGGUUAUGGGGGAGAGGGGCGACGCUGGGGACCGGAGAGUGGGAGAAGAACAGUGUCCACGCUGAUGAAGUGCUCCCCGAGCAUCUUUGUGGCGGGACAUAUCGGUCACGGGGGAGAAAACGAAAGGUCAAGCCUGUCUUGACGUACCAGGAGCGAAAAGAAAGGAGGAUUCUCAAGAAGUUUGGCAAAAACGGCGUCGUACUCGGGGCAGACGAGGAGGAGAAGGUGAAGCUAGAGAAGGGCAAGCGAGUGCAGGCGAAGCCCAGGGUGGCAGGCAGCUUGCGAGGCCGCGAACUCCGUGCAGCCGCAGCCCUGGCCCGGUUCGAGCAGAGCAAAGACGGCGGCAAGAAGGAAGAGGAGGAGGAGGAGUCUAUCAAGGACUGGGACGAAGAAUCCAGCGACUACGAAGAUGGAAGCGUGGAUUCCAAGCCGGCUGUCGAUGUGGAUGGCACCAGGAUGCUGGACAGAAAUGGCGACGGCAUGGUCAAGGUGUGCGAGGACGAAGAUGCGAACGACGCCGACGCGAGGAACGAACUGGAUCAGCUUCACGGCCUAUUCAAGAGGCAAGAGAUCAAACGAGAACCCGGUGGCAAAGAUGCCAACCUACGCUCAUCCGCGACCAGUCCCACGGGUCGGGAACAAGCAGCAGAGGUUGCAGAUGACGUCGAAAACGACACACCCACCAACUUGGCAGGUCCCAAAGACGAAAAGAAGCCCUAUUCGCACCGCAAGACAGUUUCAACGACCCCGACACCCUUAACAACCGCCCCUGCCACCGCCACUGCCACCGCAGCAGCAGAAACAAGCUCCUUGCCAACCUGCUCCAUGUGCUCCUUCGAAAACCCCAAAGCAGCCGUGACCUGCGGCGCGUGCGCAAACGUCCUCCAUCCAGCUACGCCAGGCUGGCGAUGCGACAGUGCGUCCUGCAAAGGCACGGCAUAUGUGAAUUCCCAGGACUGCGGAGUCUGCGGCUUGUGCGGGCAGAAACGCGGCUCAUGA